AGAAAGGUCUUCUUUUAUUGGGUUUGAAUGAGAUUAGUAAACGCAGCAGCCUUUCUUCUGAUAUCCUCAACCAAGCCUCCUCCGUCUAGGGUUUUUUACUCUUCUCAUCUCCGCCGCCCUUUUCUCUCUCACUUCCGUUUUUCUUCCUCUUUCUCUUCGUCGACGUCUUCCUCCGUCGCAGUCAUGCCGGGUUCCGAACCAUCGGAGAUUCAGUGGCCAGCGAGGAGAGUCAGGGAUACUUAUUUCGAUUUCUUCAAAGGCAAAGGCCACAAGUUCUGGCCAUCGAGCCCCGUUGUUCCUCAUAAUGAUCCUACUCUUCUCUUCGCUAACGCUGGAAUGAACCAGUAUAAGCCUAUAUUUUUGGGAACCGCCGACCCAAAUACGGAGCUCAGCAAGCUAACUCGGGCAUGUAACACUCAAAAGUGUAUUCGUGCUGGUGGAAAGCAUAAUGAUUUGGACGAUGUCGGCAAAGAUACUUACCAUCACACCUUCUUCGAAAUGCUUGGUAACUGGUCAUUUGGAGAUUAUUUCAAGAACGAAGCUAUUGGAUGGGCUUGGGAGCUCUUAACUAAGGUCUAUGGGCUACCGACUGAUCGAAUUUACGCUACCUAUUUUGGCGGUGAUGAGAAAGCUGGCCUUCAACCCGAUAAUGAGGCUAGAGAUAUAUGGUUGAAGUUUCUUCCACCUGGACGUGUACUACCCUUUGGUUGCAAAGAUAAUUUCUGGGAAAUGGGUGACACAGGUCCCUGUGGACCUUGUACUGAAAUACAUUAUGAUCGUGUCGGUAACCGUGAUGCUGCAUCCUUAGUUAACAAUGACGAUCCAACAUGUUUAGAAAUAUGGAAUCUUGUCUUUAUUCAGUUCAACAGAGAAAGUGAUGGCUCGCUAAAACCUCUGCCUGCUAAGCAUGUUGAUACCGGAAUGGGCUUCGAGAGGUUGACUUCUGUUCUUCAGAACAAAAUGAGCAACUAUGAUACAGAUGUGUUCAUGCCUAUCUUUGAUGACAUUCAAAAGGCCACUGGAGCUAGGCCAUAUUCUGGAAAAGUUGGUCUGGAAGAUGUCGACAGAGUUGACAUGGCAUAUAGAGUGGUUGCUGAUCAUAUUAGGACCCUAUCAUUUGCUAUUGCGGAUGGCUCUCGUCCUGGUAAUGAGGGCCGUGAGUAUGUUCUGCGGCGUAUUCUCCGUCGAGCAGUUCGCUAUGGAAAGGAGAUCCUAAAAGCUGAAGAAGGGUUUUUCAACGGGCAAGCUGGUGGCACCAUUGUUAUGGAUGCUGAUGCUACAUCAACAUUGCACAAGAAUGGUGUGUCAGCAACAGAUGAUUCUUUUAAGUACAUUUGGUUCCAGGAUCACGAGAGUGAACUAAAGGCAAUCUACACUGGCUCCUCUUUCCUGAAAAGUUCAGCUGCUUGUGAUAACGUGGGACUAGUAUUGGAGUCUACAAGUUUCUAUGCUGAGCAGGGUGGUCAGAUUGAUUAUAUAUUUUCACGGCAGGGAAUUGAGAAGUUUCGGAAAGCUGGGCAGGCGGUUCAGGGAAAUACACUGAGUGGAGAGGAUGCUUUUGUGUUAUGGGAUACAUAUGGUUUCCCGAUAGAUUUGACUCAGUUAAUGGCGGAAGAAAGAGGGUUGCUGGUUGAUGUUGAUGGUUUCAACAAAGCCAUGGAUGAGGCGAGGGAAAGAUCAAGAAGUGCCCAGAAUAAGCAAGCUGGUGGCACCAUUGUUAUGGAUGCUGAUGCUACAUCAACAUUGCACAAGAAUGGUGUGUCAGCAACAGAUGAUUCUUUUAAGUACAUUUGGUUCCAGGAUCACGAGAGUGAACUAAAGGCAAUCUACACUGGCUCCUCUUUCCUGAAAAGUUCAGCUGCUUGUGAUAACGUGGGACUAGUAUUGGAGUCUACAAGUUUCUAUGCUGAGCAGGGUGGUCAGAUUUUUGACACGGGACUUAUAGAAGGCUCAUUUGGUACAUUCAAUGUAUGCAAUGUCCAAAUAUUUGGGGGCUUCGUUAUUCAUAUUGGGUAUCUUUCUGAAGCAACUGGAGAGGUAUCUGUGGGGGAUAAAGUGAUUUGCAAGGUUGACUAUGAGAGACGUAAACUCAUCGCUCCUAAUCAUACUUGUACACAUAUGUUGAAUUAUGCCCUGAAGGAAGUGCUGGGGGAUCAUAUUGAUCAGAAGGGAUCAAUAGUUCUUCCUGAAAAACUGCGAUUUGAUUUUUCCCACGGCAAGCCGGUUGCUCCUGAAGAUUUGAGAAAGAUCGAAUUGAUAGUGAAUAAACAGAUCAAGGAUGAAUUGGAUGUAUUUUCCAAGGAAGCAGUGCUUUCUGAAGCCAAGCGCAUCAAAGGUCUAAGAGCAGUGUUUGGAGAAGUCUACCCUGAUCCUGUCAGAGUGGUGUCAAUUGGGAGACAAGUUGAAGAUCUCUUGGCUGAUCCUGAAAACAAUGAAUGGUCAUUGCUUUCUUCAGAAUUUUGUGGAGGAACCCACAUAACAAACACCCGCGAAGCCAAAGCGUUUGCACUUCUAUCGGAGGAGGGAAUUGCUAAAGGUAUUCGUAGGGUAACCGCUGUAACUACUGAAUGUGCCUUUAAAGCAUUGAAUGCGGCUUCCUUACUUGAAAAAGAAGUAGAGGAUGCGUCCGUGGCAGAGGGAAGUGCAUUGGAAAAGAAAGUUUCUGCUUUGAAAAGCCAAGUAGACACGGCAGUUAUACCAGCAGCUAAAAAGGCAGAUAUCAGGGCUAAGAUUGCUUCGCUUCAGAACGAAGUAAAAAAAGCUCAGAAGAGAAUAGCGGAACAAAACCUGAAGAAAUCUGUCAAAGUAGCAACAGAGGCGGCGGAGUCUGCAGCAUCAAUUGGGAAGACUUUCUGCAUAAUCCAGCUAGAUGUGGGUCUUGAUGCAGCAGCUGUGCGAGAGGCGGUUUCAAAAGUCAUGGAAAAGAAGGGAAUGUCGAUAAUGGUGUUCAGCACAGAUGAAGGCACAAACAAGGCGGUUGUGUGUGCAGGAGUCCCAGACAAAUCAGAUCAGUUCAAGCAGCUAGACGUCGCAGAAUGGUUGACAACUGCAUUGGGUCCUCUAAAAGGCCGAUGCGGGAAAGGGAAAGGUGGUCUUGCAUCAGGACAGGGAACGGAUGCUUCCCAGGUGCAGGCGGCUUUGGAUAUGGCUGAAUCAUUUGCAUCAAUGAAACUCAACUGAUUUGGUCGAAGUUCUGUAUGGGUAGGGUAACCUCUACCUAGUUGAUUUAAUUGUAUACCGUUUUAUACAUGUUCAAGAAUCUCUUGAUGUUAUCAGUUGUGAUGGAAUUUGUGGUAUCAGUCAAAGUGAUCUAUUGAUGUAUUCACUUGUGAGACUGUCAGUUUGAGUUCAAAUGGUAUGGCUGCAGACAUGCGAUUCAGAA